AUGUGGGAAUCACCAUACUUGACUUGUUUGUUUCUGUAUAUUUUUUCUCUCCAAAUUAUUGUCACUAAUUCACGCACGUCUAAUGUGUGGAAGCUGAAUGCGGAAGAAGACCAAAUUGUUGACGGUAGUACAUUGUCUCAGGAUGAUUCUGAAAAACCAAGAAUGGGUGAAGAAGACCCUGUCUUUAACAUAAUAACAUCAACGGUAUACUAUGGAAAUACAUGGACUAAACAUGGAUUUGAUAUGUUUUGCACAGACUGCCAAAUUUAUGAACAGCAGAGAGCUGGUGUUGAAAAUAGUGAUGAGACAACACCAGCUGAAAUAAAUGGUGAUGCAGAUGAUGAGUACUUAGAUUGUGGCAAGGCUGUUAAUUUCACAUACUAUGACAACUUGGUUGGUGUGGCCCGACGACACAGACAUCCAAAUGUGCCCGAACCACAGGUGUCCCUUAUAUUUCCAAAGAAGAAGUCAAAUGGUCUGUCGCCAUCGGAAAUAAACGGGUUUGAGAAACGUCUAAAGAAGGCAAAGAGGGAGAAGCCAAAAUCAGUUCAACUGUACAAUCAAAUUGGCAACUUCUGGAGAAUCAAGGGUGAUACAAGACAAUCAAUUGAGUGUUUCAGACGCGCUCUUGCUGUCUCACCAUAUAAUGCAGAAGUCCUUCUGAACCUUGCACGGGUGUUAUUCACCCUGCAAUAUCUGGACGACGCGAUCUACCUAACGCGGCGGUCCUUGGAGGUGCAACCGCCAGACCGCAGCGCGUGGCAACAGUACUUCACUCUUGGAGAAAUAUUCAAAGCGUAUGGACAUUAUCAGGAAGCGGCAAUGCACCUGAGGCACGCAUUGGACUUGAAACCGGACUACGAACCAGCGCUGGCCGCUCUGAAAGACAUCGAGAACACGCCAGAGGCAUCUGUGCAUGUUUAUACGCUCCUUAUUAUUGUGUGUUUGGUGAUGGGAGUGUUACUUGUGAUAUUAUCAUCAGUUGACAGCGGUGGCGACGUUGAAGAACACAAAACUCAGCGACAUUUCAACCGAGCUAUGGCAAUGAGGUCACUCCGUGGCGUUGCUUUGCCGGGUUCUCGCGGUCGCAAAAAAGGCGGUUCCUAA